CCGAGCUGGCUUGGGAAGAGAAGCAGCACCAUGGCUGGCAAGAAAGUCUGCAUUGUAGGCUCCGGCAACUGGGGCUCAGCCAUUGCCAAGAUCGUGGGUGGCAAUGCAGCUCAGCUGGCACACUUUGACCCACGGGUGACCAUGUGGGUGUUUGAGGAAGACAUCGGGGGCAGGAAGCUGACAGAGAUCAUCAACACGCAGCAUGAGAAUGUUAAAUACCUGCCAGGGCACAAGCUGCCCCCCAAUGUGGUGGCUGUCCCAGAUGUGGUCCAGGCUGCAGCAGAUGCUGACAUCUUGAUCUUUGUGGUGCCCCAUCAGUUCAUCGGCAAGAUCUGUGACCAGCUCAAGGGCCACCUGAAGGCAAACACCAUUGGCAUAUCUCUUAUUAAGGGGAUAGACGAGGGCCCCAGUGGGCUGAAGCUCAUCUCUGAAGUGAUUGGGGAGCGCCUUGGCAUCCCCAUGAGUGUGCUGAUGGGGGCCAACAUUGCCAGCGAGGUGGCUGAUGACAAGUUCUGUGAGACGACCAUUGGCUGCAAGGACCCAGCCCAGGGAAAGCUUCUGAAAGAGCUGAUGCAGACGCCCAAUUUCCGGAUCACUGUGGUGCAAGAGGUGGACACAGUAGAGAUCUGUGGAGCUUUAAAGAAUAUAGUGGCUGUGGGCGCUGGCUUCUGCGAUGGGCUGGGCUUUGGUGACAACACCAAGGCGGCGGUGAUCCGACUGGGGCUCAUGGAGAUGAUUGCCUUCGCCAAGCUCUUCUGCAGCGGCCCUGUGUCCUCGGCCACCUUCUUGGAGAGCUGUGGUGUUGCUGACCUCAUCACUACCUGCUACGGAGGGCGGAACCGCAAGGUGGCUGAAGCCUUUGCUCGGACAGGAAAGUCCAUUGAGCAGCUGGAGAAAGAAAUGCUGAAUGGGCAGAAGCUGCAGGGGCCCCAAACAGCCCGGGAGCUACACAGCAUCCUCCAGCACAAGGGCUUGGUGGACAAGUUCCCUCUGUUCACGGCUGUGUACAAGGUGUGCUAUGAGAGCCAGCCGGUGGGUGAAUUCAUCCACUGCCUGCAGGAUCAUCCAGAACACCUUUGAACAAGGCUGGGCCCAGGCCAGGCUGCUACUUUACCCCAGUGAGGACGGGUAGAAGCUUGGAGCACCUGGCCACCAGGAUCUCCAGCACUCCCCAUGGAGCAGCCUUUUCUCAGCUUUUCACUGAGCUCUGGGGCUCAGCUACUCACCUCGAGAUCCUGAAACCCCAAGAAGCCUGCAGCCUCUUGACACCACAUCCCACCAGAAAUGGAGUACCCUGUCCCUCCCCAGAUGUGGGGCUUUCUCACUGUCCUCUGAGAAAGACAGAAUCAAGCCCCAUUGCUGCCUGCUUGGGGAGCGUGUGCAUGGAGGAGUGCAAGGGGAGAAGGAAGGGCCAAGACUGCCAAUUGCUGCCUCACACAGACCAGGAAUCCUGUCUUCAAGCCCAGUUAAGUGGCUAAAGAAGUACCUCAGCCACAGGAGGGAUGAGGCAAGGGCUGCCAAGGAGAGAUCUGGGCUUUUGAGCUUACAUAGGCCCCAGGGACCCCUUGGCUUUGACCUCUGCCAGGCCCAACACAGCAUAAAUGGAUCUCAGUGUUUGUUAACAAAAUACAAAGAUCUCAAACAACCCCCUUCUAGCUUCUCCUAGCAACAUCUGCGUUCUCAGAAACUUCUGAUCAUCCCCUUUCCCCCUCCCCCAGGCUGCGCUGGCACCACAGUUGCUGCCACACUGGCAUCUCUGUCCCCAGGGCUUGUCACUCUCCCCAGAGACUUUCUGGUUCCUAGUUCUUUGCCAGCUCCUCCCCACUCUGUGUGACCUUUCCAACCAAGCCUUCCCUCCCCCUCCCCCUCAGCACCCUCUUUGGGGGGCAGGAACUUAAUCUGCUGACAGAGCUAUACCUUUGCAUAGCAGGCUUGGAUGGCUCAGCUCCCUGUGACCUUUGUAUUUGCCCUGCCUCCCUUGGUGGUGCUCCAGUGGGGGAGGUGUCAGCAGUGCCUCUCCUGCUGCUGUCUCUCUGGAGGACAUCCCUGACUCCACCCCUCUUCUCCUCCCAAAUCCUGUACCUCUUUCUCAGCUGCCCCCAGAGCAGCUGAGACAGCUAACCAGGAUCUGACAUCUGGAGGCCACAAGUGAGAGGGAGCAGCCCAAAGACGGUGCAGGGACUGGGAGGGAAGGGUGAGCAGGUUCCCAGGUGGGUGGCUCCUGAUAUUCCAAGGCCAGAUCUCCUUGGUUGAAUGAGGGCCUUUUCAUGGGAUAUUGACCACAUUGGUGCCCAAGGAGCUGGGAAACUCAAGGAGGAGGAGGGAGAAAAUAAAACCACCUGACCUCUUGGGUUGAGGAAGGAAAACCAGGAAGGGGAGAAGGGAGAGGAGUGUGCUCUGCACUGGCCUUCCUCCAGGAUAGGGUGGCAACAAGGGAAUGUCACAGGUCAGCAGCCUGGGCCCCUGGCUAUAGUCCUUCAGGGCCCAGAGGCAUCUGCCACAGCCAGCAGAGAGUCUCAGCUUCCUGUGUGGCAACACCUGGCACACUGUGGCCCUGGCCAGGAUUACGUUAACCCUUACUCCGUACCAGACCAGGGAGGCAGGCUCCUCCCAGCCCCUAGCCUGAGUUCAGUCUUACCAGUGAAGGGCAGUCGGGAGAGUGAAGGGCACAGUCACCCCAGGUCUAGCUGGGCCCAGGUUGGGCACUGAAACUAGAGAUGCCCCUCCAGGAGGUCAAAGUAAGGCCAGAAAGACUAGCUCCUUCUCCUUGGCUGGGAACUUUCUAGUUACUCAAACACCUUCGCCUGCGUUUGUUCACUCCACAGUUAACUGUGAAUAGAGGCCUUCGAGUCGGGCCUACUUGUCCACCCAAUAAAACGUGUUUUUUCC